CUGUCAAGAGGGAGCCAUGGCUUCAGAGAACCCCAUGGGAAUUCUCCAGUAUGAAGCUACUUGUCCCAUCUGUCUGGAGGAUUUUAAAGACCCAGUAAUUAUAGACUGCGGACACAAUUUCUGUCGAGCCUGCAUCGCCCAGUGCUGGGAGGGAUCCGGUACAGCCGCCUCCUGCCCCCAGUGCAGAGAAACUGUGCAACAGAGAAACCUCAGGCCAAACAGACAGUUGGCAAAUGUCCUAAAAAUAGUCAAACAACUGAAUUUACAGAUAAUGAAGGAUGCAGGAGGGGAGAGAGUGUGUGUGGAACACCAGGAGCCGCUCAAACUGUUCUGUGAAGAGGAUCAAACCCCCAUCUGUUUGGUGUGUGAUAGAUCCCGGACGCACAAAGCUCACACUGUGGUUCCCAUAGACGAGGCUGCCCAGGAGUACAAGGAAAAGAUCCAGGCCCAUUUGAAGACAUUAAGGAAAGAGAGAGAAAAGCUCCUGGGAUUUAAAGUGACUGGAGAGGAGAAAUUCCAGGAGUAUUUGAUACAGACGCAAACCGAGAGGCAGAAGAUUGUGUCUGAAUUUCAGCAACUGCGGCAGUUCCUGGAGGAACAAGAGCGACUCCUGCUGGCCCAGCUGGAGAAGCUGGACAAGGAGAUUGGGAAGAUACAGAAUGAAAAUAUCACUAAAUUUUCUGAGCAGAUUUCCUGUCUCAGUGAGCUGAUAAGUGAGCUGGAGGGGAAGUGUCAGAAGCCAGCAAGUGAAUUCCUGCAGGAUUUCAAAAGCACCUUGAGCAGGUGUGAGAAGGGGAAGUUCCAGCAGCCAGUGGAGAUUUCUCCUGAGCUGGAAAAGAGAAUAAAUGAUUUUGCCCAGAAAAAUAUUGCUGUAAUGGAGACUCUGAGGAAAUUCAAAGAUGUGCUGCCCUCUGAAGUAGAGACAAGAAGAGGGAAAUCCCUGGGACCAGUGAAUGUGACUCUGGAUCCAAAAACGGCUCAUCCCCAACUCGUCCUGUCUGAUGAUCGGAAAAGUGUGAGGUGGAAAGACACACGACAGGAUCUGCCCAACAAUCCUGAGAGAUUUGACACUGAGAUCUGUGUGUUGGGGUGUGAGGGAUUCACCUCAGGGAGACAUUGCUGGGGGGUGGAGGUGGGUAAUAGGGGAUCCUGGGCUGUGGGGGUGGCCAGAGAGUCUGUGAAGAGGAAGGGAGGGAUCAGCCCUAACCCUGAGCAGGGAAUCUGGGCUGUGGAGCGGUGCUGGGAUCAGUUCCAGGCUCUCACUUGCCCUCGCACCCCUCUGCCUGUGAGCUGGGACCCCAGGAGGAUCCGGGUUUGUCUAGACUGUGAACGGGGGCAGGUGACAUUUUUCGAUGCUGGUGACGAGAGCCCACUGUUCACCUUCCCACUGGCCUUGGUCCCUGGGGAGAGAAUCCGACCCUGGUUCUGGGUGGGAGGAUCCCAGAUCAGACUUAGUCCCUGAGAGGGCAGGGGGAGAGGGGGAGAUAUACUCAGGGGAACGUGAAAUUAGCCUCUCUAGCCUCACACUUCCUUUUUCCUAUGACCCUGGAAGUCUCCUGCCUUCCUGCAGACUUUCUACCCUGCAGUUUCUAUGACCAUGGAGCCUCUGUGGGGUGUCUGACCUGUCAGACCAUAGAGAGCAGGGGGAGAUUGAGGUAGAGAAGCCAAUCUCAUCGACCCAAUGAAUUUUUCAGCCUGUUUGUCACUGUCCUCUGUGGCGCAGGAAGUCAGACAGUGGCACUGAGGCAUGGUGGGAACAGCCCACUGAGAAUAAAAAAUGGGCUUCUCUAGCCAAAGUCGUCCUAGUGUCUGUGAUCAUGGAGGACUCUCAUCUACCUACCCCCUGGCUCAUCUCUUUGACCCUGGAGAACACCUCUCCCCCCAACCACCAAUACCUCAUCUCUAUGGCACUCCUGCCCCCUCCCUCCCAGCAGCCCUGGGAAGGGGGAGGGGUUGAAGAACCCCUGGAGCAGCUGAUGGACCCUGAGGGCCAGACGUGGAGGCUGCAGGAUAAGAACUGAUGGAGGGUCAGGGACAGAAGUGCUGUGGGGUCUGGGGGUCUAAUUACCAGUUGGGCAGAAGUGGGGGGUGGCAGGGACACCAAACUAAUUAAUUAGGAUAUGGGAUUUUUGGGGAGAAUCUGGAGGCUCUGUACCAGCUGGGAGCCUGGUCACCAGGGAAGGGAUGCUAUGUUGAGGAGGAGCUGCUGGGAGGUGGUGGUGGGGGGAGGAAUGUUGUGACACUUUAUGAUAUUAUUGAUACCAGUGUUAUAAAUUUAAAAUGAAUCUUACCAGAUAUGCCGUAUCAAUGAAAAAGUUAUGAUUUGCCAAGUGUGAUAAUCUUGUUUAUAUGUUUGUAUCAUCAACGUACUGUGAAUUACAAAUGUGUGAUAUAUCUGUAUUUCAAACUUGUGCUGUGUUUUGGGUGACACCCCUAGACAGAUUUGCAUCAGCACUAUCUAGCCUGUUCAAAGGCCCAUCAAGAGCAAUCAGCUGUACAAGGGCACACUGCUAACUCAUAUCUAGCUUCUCGUCCACUGUAAUCCCCAGGUCCUUUUCUGCAGAAGUGCUGCUUAGCCAGUCGGUCCCCAGCCUGUAGCGGUGCAUGGGAUUCUUCCUUUCUAACUGCAGGACUCUGCACUUGUACUUGUUGAACCUCAUCAGAUUUCUUUUAGCCCAAUCUUCCAGUUUAUCUCUGGACCCUAUCACAGAAUCAUAGAAUCUCAGGGUUGGAAGGGACCUCAGGAGGUCAUCUAGUCCAACCCCCUACCCUCCAACAUACAUCUCCCCCCAGCUUAGUUUUGUCUGUGAACUUGCUGUGUGUAAUCCAUCACAUCAUCCGGAUCAUUAAUAAAGAUGUUGAACAAAACUGGUC